UGUUGAUGGUCAAUCGUUAGAUUUGAUUGAUACAAAUCAUCAAGUAAAUCACAAUCUAAUUGGUCACAAUUUGAUGAUCAAAUUAAUUUAAGGAAACAAGUACAAGGAAAAGACAAAAGCAAAGUAACCAAGAAAGUAACGUGUUUUUUGGGUGGAUACCGGUUCUCACAUCAUUAUCUUCAUCUCUCUCAUUCUCUCUCUCUCCCUCUUUCUCACUAAUAAUGUUGGUCAAUUUUUUUUAGAAAAGAACAAAUUUUUCUUCUUCUCUUUCUCCCUCAUCAUCAUCUUAAUCACAUCAUCUUUACAUUUUAUAUGAUCAACUGUAAACCAGAAAACGAGUAACUAUAAUCUGAAAACCACUUAUCUCCAUCAUUAUGUCCUCCUUGUUGAAGGCCUUAACUUUUGGUAAAACAAAACAUGAAAAACUACCUGAGGAAUGGGGUGAAGAUAUUAAAGAACCAGUCAGUGAGGGUUUACCUUUCCAUUGUAAAUACAUUGGGUCCACUUUGGUUGAAAAAGCUUCGGACGAUUCAACAACUGCAGAUGCAAUUAAAACCAUCAUUCAAAUGGCUAAAAUGAGUGGCAAAGCUAAAAGCUUGCGAAAGGUUGUGCUUACCAUUAAACCCACUGGAAUAAGUUGCAAAGACGCUCUCAAUGAUGAUGAAAUUUUCGAUAUUUCAAUCUACAGGAUUUCUUAUUGUUCAGCUGAUGCCAAUUACGAUCGAGUUGUCGCUUUCAUCGCCACCAAUGUAAAUGAGACCCAUGAAUGUCACGCUUUCCUUACCCGAAAAGAUGAAGUCGCUCGAGCCUGUGCCCUUACAAUAUCUCAGGCUUUUUCCAUUGCAUUUGAAAAAUACAAGGAAACUUUAGAAGAAAAGAAUCAAGGCAAACAAUCAGCUGAACCAAGUAAAUCUCCAGCACCUACAACAAUCACGAACAAUCAACGGCAGCCUAAUGAAAAUGUUCAGAAAAAUCGUGCACCCAUGAUUGAUUUUCUAACAGAUUCUGAUUGAAAAACAUGAAACAUGUGGUUUUUUUGUUCUUGCUUCAUGGAUUGUACAUGUUAAAUUAAACAUUAGAAAUUUACAAAAAAAAA